AUGGGUGCUGUUGGCCACAUCACGAAUCCCGUGUCGUCGUUGCAAUGUACCACAGUGGAGGACCUUGCCGAGCUGGUGCGUCGUUUUUGGGAAACGGAGGAGCCUUCCCGUGCCGUCCUUCCGCUGACCGCUGACGAGCAGGAGUGCGAGGACCACUUCUUGCGCACCCAUCGACGACUAUCAGACGGCCGCUAUCAGGUGCGGCUCCCGCUGCGAUCGAGGUUGCCGGACCUAAGCUCCACCCGUCGCGCCGCAUCACGGCUCCUCGACGUCAUGAGGCGUCGCUUCGACCGCGACAACAACUUCGGGGUGCUGUACCGCGACUUCAUACGCGAGUACAUCACCCUCGGGCAUAUGACGCUCGCUGCCUCCACUGUGGCUUCACCAGGUGACCGGAUCAAUUUCUUGCCGCAUCAUGGGGUGCUGCGGACUUCGGCUGCCGGUUCCAAGAUCCGCGUCGUUUUCAACGGAUCAGCUCGCACGGGCGCCGGGGCGUCUCUCAACGGUGUGCUGCACUCUGGACCUAACUUGCUGCCGUCUCUCGCUGAUGUCUUGACUCGAUGGCGGCGGCACCGGUACGUCUUUAUGGCCGACGUUCAAAUGAUGUACCGGCAAAUUCAGCUUCAUCCGGACGAUCGAGAUCUACAACGGAUCCUGUGGGCAGAGAACAACGGGGUCAGCGAGUACCGGCUAAAUACGGUCAUGUAUGGCUUGGCGAGCGCACCAUACCUCGCCAUACGAGUGCUGCGGCAGCUUGCGUCAGACGAAGCCAACCGUUUCCCGCUUGGUGCCGACGUCUUGCAGCACGACGUGUAUGUGGACGACAUACUCACCGGAGCUGCUGACCUGGACUCUGCUCGUUGCCUUCUGAGACAAGUGACCUCGCUCUGCAUGGCGGGCGGCUUUCCGCUGAGGAAGUGGGCCUCUAACGACAACCGCCUCCUGGAGUUCAUCCCUGUCGAGCAUCAACUAGGCACGACGACCGGCGCGAGGUUACCUGCAGACGAGCAUUCGGUGCUGGGUCUUCGCUGGAAUCCGCACGAAGACACCUUCUCGUUGUCUGUCCGACUGACUCCAUCGGCCCCACCUACCAAGCAGACCGUGCUGGCGCAGACCGCUCGCCUGUUCGACCCGCUGGGCUGGCUAGCACCAAUCCUCGUGCGUGCAAAGUUGCUGAUCCAGUCGGCGUGGCUGCAGCAGCUCGAGUGGGACGCACCGCUAUCACGCGAGGACACCGCCGCAUGGACAGCCCUCGAGGAGGAAUUGCCGGUACUGGAGAAGAUCAAACUGCCACGUUGGCUGCACAGCAACGCUCCACACAGCCCCGUGGAGCUCCACGGCUUCUCAGAUGCCUCUGAACGGGCUUACGCUGCUGUGGUCUACAGCAGGGUGGAGGAUGACGGACUGCCCCGCAUCAACCUGGUGGUCGCCAAGAGCAGGGUGGCCCCGUUGAAGCGUGUAUCGCUGCCGAGACUAGAGCUUUGCGGAGCGGCUCUGCUGUCAAAGCUAGCAGAACAUGUGCGGCUCUCCUUGGGUCUGGAGAGGUCGGCGGUCACCCUCUGGACGGAUUUUACGGUGACACUUGGCUGGAUACGUGGACACCCUGCAAAGUGGAAUACGUACGUAGCCAACCGCGUCGCGGAAAUUCACCGCGACAACCAGGAUGCAAGAUGGCGGCACGUACCUGGCAAGGAUGAACCCUGCAGACUGUGCCUCCCGAGGGGUGUCAACGAAGGAGCUCCUGGAACCAUCUGUGGUGGCGAGGGCCGGAAUAUCUCCGUCAUCACGCGGACUUUUGGCCGAAGGACAUCGGACUCUUGGAGACGGCCGACUUACCGGAGCAGCGACCGUUCCGAUGCCAUGCAGCCGCCGAGGAACGAGAAGCUGAGGAGCUCUGCCGCUUUUCCUGCCUUCGUCGCCUGCUUCGCGUGUCCGCCUGGAUCUGGCGCUGGAGGGCACGAGGGCGUCACUCAGCAGACAGCGAAGCUGUGUCGGCCUCCUUGGAACCUGAGGAGUUGGAGGCCGCUUUAUCUAAAUGGAUCCAGGUAG